CGACCCGCUCAGCUUCGGGACAGCGGGACACCGGAGCGAGGAAGCGUCGGUAGAUCAUUUGCAACACUGGAUUUGGAAGGGCUGAGAGAGCUGCCAAAUACACCUGCAAUUAGUGGAAAGUCAUUUAAAUAAUUAGCCAAUUGGUCAUUGCUUCUUGCUGGAGAAAAUAAGAACUUCUUUUCAGGAAGACCCUUGAUCUAAUGAACGAAUCAACAGAUAUUGGGAAUGCAAGCACUCUGGAGCCAGUUAUACGGCUCAGGAAAGGACGCAUGCGCAAUUCUGCUGUGCAAGAAUAUGAUCAUAGUGACCAGUCCAAUGAGCAGGGACCCCUCUUAGUGGAACCAUCAGCAUCUUCUGAAAAGGAUUCUGGCAAAGAUGGGGACGACAGUUCAACUCAGGAAGAUGAGGGCUUUAUGGGAAUGCUGCCUCUCCUCCAAGCCCACCAUGCAAUGGAGAGAAUGGAAGAAUUUGUAUGCAAGGUAUGGGAGGGCCGAUGGCGUGUCAUUCCCUUUGAUGUCUUGCCCGAUUGGUUAAAGGACAACGACUACCUGUUGCAUGGGCACCGACCACCUAUGCCCUCUUUCCGGGCUUGCUUUAAAAGCAUUUUCAGAAUACACACAGAGACAGGCAACAUCUGGACACAUCUACUAGGAUGUGUGUUCUUUCUGUGUUUGGGGAUCUUUUACAUGUUCCGGCCAAAUAUGUCCUUCGUAGCACCCGUGCAGGAGAAGGUGGUGGUUGGAUUGUUCUUCUUAGGAGCCAUCCUUUGCCUUUCCUUCUCUUGGCUUUUUCACACAGUUUACUGCCAUUCAGAAGGUGUUUCUAGGCUCUUCUCCAAGCUGGACUAUUCUGGGAUUGCUCUUCUUAUAAUGGGCAGCUUCGUCCCGUGGCUUUACUACUCUUUUUACUGCAACCCUCAGCCCUGCUUCAUCUAUUUGAUUGUGAUCUGUGUCCUGGGCAUUGCAGCUAUUAUAGUUUCACAAUGGGAUAGGUUUGCAACACCUGAAUAUCGAGGAGUACGAGCAGGAGUCUUUCUGGCCCUGGGCCUUAGUGGUGUGAUUCCCACUCUGCACUUUGUCAUCUCAGAAGGGCUCCUCAAGGCUGCCACAAUGGGGCAGAUAGGGUGGCUGGCCCUCAUGGCCUGUUUGUAUAUCACUGGUGCUGGCUUGUAUGCUGCUCGUAUCCCAGAGAGGUUUUUCCCGGGCAAGUGUGAUAUCUGGUUCCACUCCCAUCAACUCUUUCACGUUUUCGUAGUGGCUGGUGCUUUUGUGCACUUCCAUGGCGUUUCAAACCUUCAAGAGUUCCGCUUCACGCUUGGGGGAGGCUGCACAGAGAACGAGAUGCAGUAAAAAUGGUCCCAUGCUGAGGAUCAUAACCAAAACCGAACCAUGGGAGCAGUCAAUCCACACUUUGCCUACAACAGUGUGGAAGCUUUGCAGGGAAUCUUAAGUAUAAAAUGGGAGAAAAAUUCAUACCUCAAACAUUGGAGUGAAUUGGUUCUGAAGAUGUGGACAUUCUUAAACCUUAACUUAUUCCUGGGAUCUACAACUGAAGCUACAGAAAACCCUUUCUUAAUCAUCUUAUGUUCAAUGCCAUAUUUAUUUGUAGAAAAUAAGAGAGGUUAUCUUGGGGAAGUGGCUUGGCAAUUUUUUCUUUUCUUUUCUUUUUUUAAAUCUAGCUUAAUUAAGAUUUGUAUCUUGUUCAGGUAAGUUGAUUUUUAGAUGCCCUUUUGGGAGAAAAAAAUGUAAAUAAGAUUUCUAACUUUCUGUUUAAUUAAAAAGUUUCUAUAAAUGUUUUAAAAGGGGGGAGGGAGAUGGAUUUUGUAUUGGUUGCAACAUGCAAGUACCACACACUGUUUCUAUUUUGCACAAAUUCUUUAAGUGCAAGAAAGCUAGGUGAAACUCCUGCAGUCAGGCAUCUGGAUCCUGCAGAUUCUUCCUAAUUCUGGUGUAUACUGGUCGGCUCAAUCCCGUGGUCGCAGUCUGCUGCCCACAAGGGUUGAGAGCAAAGAAGUGCUUACUGAUCAGCCUGUUCAGAAGGCUAAGGAAAGAGGCCAUCAAGGUCUGCCCUCUUGGUGGGUCACGCCUUCUAAGCUCUCUUCUGGGGUGGGUUUUUAGAUUCCUUCAUUAGCCUUUUGCUACAUUGGGAUUUGAUGGCUUAAGGCACAAUGUGGCAUAUAUCCUGACCUUUUGGGGUCUCUCAUCAGUGUUUCACCAUUCAGUUGGGUGUGCUGUCUUGUUUAUCCAAGUGCAAUUGUUAAUGUUGGGUACCAACCUUCUAGGUGAUUUGGCCUGGGGGGAAUGGUCUCAAGGGGAUGGGAAGUACUCACAAGAAAACAACUUUGUUUUUGUUUUUCUAAGAAGAGGACUGGCUGUCUAAAUGUUAAUCCAUUCUGGAUUAUUUUUGUGUGUUGCUGAGUUACAGUAACACCACAGUUGUCUGUAUUAAAUUCACUGAACUCUACUGGCUGCAAUAGUAACACUGCCAUUCUUUUUCUCUUUCUCCUGGGGUAUAGGACAAUACUGUGCACUAUUUUUAAUAAGUAAAUAGCAAACAAACCACAGGAUAGACUGGGUGCAGUGGUUUUCCUCUGCUGUUAGUGCUUUGUGCCGAGGGAAAGUUGUGAGCGGUUUCAAAUGCUUUCAGUUUAAUUGUAUGAGGCAGGAGCAUUUGAAGAAGAGAGUUAUGACACAGCAAAACACUCCGUAUGACAAGUGAGAGAACUAUAGUUAUUGCUGGUGAGCUGUAUUAAACCUAGAAAGAAACAUCUGAGCAAAAGGCAGAAACAUCUGAGCAAAAGGCAGAAACAUCUGAGCAAAAGGCAGAAUUAAUACAUUUAGCCAUUUAUCUCAUUAUAAGGAUAAUUAAUUUGGCUCAUAGUGAGUUACCAAGGAUUUAUUGUGGGGCAGCAUAAUUGGUCACAUUUUAAAAAUGUUAGAUUUUUAUGAAGAAGUCCUUGAUCUACAGAUAUCCUCUUUCCCCUUAGCGAUUCUUCUGAAAUGGAUUCCUCUAAGUAUUUAAAUCUGCAAGAGGUGCUUAACUGGUUCUUGUAGGCAAAUUCAAAUCUGUGUGUUCUGGAUAGGAUCAUGAUGCUAAAUACAUAUAGAUGAAACCGGCAGUCUAACGUAUUUCAGUGUGUUGAUCCCAAACUGAAAUCAGAACAGUAUUAACCCCUUCAACAGAACUGGGAGACCAGUUAUGAUAAACUUUGGAGUUUUAGCAGCUGGCGAAAGGAUAGUUUACCUAAGGUGGAGAAGUGGUAAUACAUAUCACACCCAGACUUACCUGUUUGAGAAGCACUUUUAGAGGUGUAUCUCUGAAUUUACCAGCAGGGAAUACAUCUCCUUACUCUGGAUCAUCCCAUGCUCCCUCGGACUGUGGCACUUGCAAUCCAGUCUAAUAGCACAGAACCUGUACAGAAUACAACGCACCAUUUUGCUGUUCUUACUCCCGAUCUUCUGGUUGAAGAUAUUUUGUGUCCCAAUAUGAAACUGCAUAGCUGUGCACUUUUUCUGUGGUGCUUGCUGAGACCCUCCCAGGUUGGCACCUGAAUGCCUUACUCUCAGCAACUGGAGGUUUGCUUGCUUUUGAUGUGUGUGCAGGGUUCAGCAUAGCGUAGUUGAGAUAUACAGCUCCCCCCUCCCCCCAUUAACUAGUGGCCUUGUUCAGUAUUUUCUUUUCAUUUCUAAUUGCUCACUGUUGGAGGCAACAAAGCACAUCUUGGAUUUUGAAGAUUGGGGGUCUCCAGCCAAUGGGAUCCCAUUACUUGUUGUAUUCUUAACUUCUAAUAAAAAGAACAAAUGUAAA